UGUUGGCGCUUGAGUUAUCUGAGCAAAGCGUGUAAUGCCCAGUGCAACGAUGGGUAACGCGGGUGCCAAGGGUGCCAAGGAUGCCAAGGUUCAGAAAGCACCAUGGAGAAGGAAGAAGAAUGUGACGAGCUUGGAGGAGAAGAAGAAGGACGAUGAAUGGAUCGUCGCGCCGGACAGUGACUUGGAAAAUCAGAGGUUCCUCGAGAUGAAGAGGCUGGUGAGGGAGGAGCCUAACGUUUUUAUAUUGAAUAAUUUGGUGAUGACGCUGCAGCUUUUCACUAACUUUGACAAAGAAAUGGAAAAAGCUCGAGAAAGCGUGGCAUCUCGCGAAGAGGAAUUGAACAGAAAACUCAUACCGGAGAAGCACGUGCUGAUGCCUGACAUUCUGCGCGAACAUUUCAAAGGUAAAAUCAGAUUUACGUCUUACGCCAAGGACGAGCAGACAGUCGAGCCUCUGAGACCCGUGCAGAUUUACCUUGUUUAUGGGAAUGUCAUCGUUACCGAAAUAGAAGAUUCGAGGGAUUAUUCGACUACAGGAGACGUCAGUGUCGAGUAUACAUUUGUACUGAAAGAAGCCGAUCACAAAGGCUACGUAAGAUUAGAGCAGCCGACCAAGUCCAUGACAAAGAGAACUGCCAACUCCGACACCGCGGAUCUGUCGUCAAUCGCGGAAAAUCGAAACGAAAUUUACAGCGAAGAUGAGUCGGUGUAUGGACCCUUGCCAGUGAAACGUCUGAAUAGUUCCUCUUCGAUGCCUAACCUAUUAGACAAAAAUCUGUACUACGACGGACGGAAUUCCAAUCCCACAUACGAUUUUCAGAGCGACGCCGGUAAUUGCAGUCCGAAAAACAAUGGCAGAUUAGCAAGAAAGCGCUCAAGCACAAUUCUACACUUCCGCAACCAGCAAAGUUCCGCAAGUUCGAGUAGCUCAGGGUACACGACUAAUUGCAGCAUCGACAGCGACAACGAAAGUUACUUAAGCCAGUCACGUCUGCAUUACUUAGCGAACGGCAAACGCGUCGAUCCAAGUGAAAUACCGGACAGAUGUUUCAAGUGCGUUACCUACAUGUUCAACGGUCGCGUUUACAAUCCGCGCAAAGAGCAGAGACCACUGACGAGUCAACAAAGACGCAUCCGAGAGGAAAAGCUGGCUUACAAUUACGACGUCGUGUACGUGAAUGGGCAUAGAUUUGCCAAGCACUUCUACGAGGUCUUCAAGAGUCAGCUGGCCGACAAGAUGAACUUUGACGAGAAGGAUGUGCUAAACGCCAAAAGAUGCGAUGCCACUGUCAGGCUCGAGAAAAUUGAUUACCUCAAUACAAAAAAUUACAUAAAUAUCGAGCCGUAUGAAGUGAUCCCGUGCUUCGCAACUCACUGGCCGCAAUGGGCACGUCGUUGGAUGACCCGAUCUCGCGGCAACUGGCCGACGGAAGAAGCCCUGGAGCAAAUCGGACGUUACCAUUGCUAUCUCGUACCGGAGAGUCUCAAGCAAGCAUUGCCCAAUUCCGAUUUGAGUCAUCCGCUCUGGCAGCUCGACUGGUACUUAAUGUUCCCUAGAGCCGAGAAAUAUCUAGAGACCUGCUUGUCGCCCGCGCAAACGACGGUGUAUACCAUCGCGCUCAUGAUACACAAGAUUUUCAUUAGAACCGUCAGCUCGACUUUUGGAUUGGAAGUGAGGCACAUAAGGAACAUCCUGUUCUGGAUGGUGGAGAAACAGCCGGAUUGGUCUGAGCACGAGCUUGGUAAAUCGAUGGUGAUCCUGCUGGAAAGGCUGCACAAGCACGUGCAAUUAAGAAAAAUGAGCGAUUAUUUUAUGGACGACAGCAAUAUCUUUGCCAACGUUAAUACGGACGGACUACUGCACUCACAGAAGCAGCUGAAACGAAUUAUCGAUAAUCCCGUGAUGUUCGUGUUUCACGCCAUGGAGAAGAUACACUACGAGAGUGACGAUUACUAUCCACGACUCGAUUACAAAAAGUUGUUGAACGUGCUCACGGUGAACGAGCUGUUGCUUAUCAGCCCAGCAUUGGCGAAUCAUCUCCAGGACGAAAUUUACAAGAAGCCGAGCGCCGACAGGAAAUUUUGGAAUCAGGCUAAACAGACGAAUCAGUAUUACAUGCAAACGAGGAAGCGGAGCAUAGAUACUUUCUUUAUUAAUCCAAGGAGGAUAUCUGAUACGAUUAUCGAAAUUCAGGAAAAAUGCGAACCACUAACGAAUAUUCGAUUAGCGCACUUAUCAAUGUUCUUCGCUGAAUACUUUCUAGAGAUGGCGCAAUGCUGCCAGAACUACAGCGAUGCGCAUCAAAAGCGCGUGUACCUCGACCAAGCCAAACUGCUGGCUCUACUGCUGUUCGAGAACCCAAAGUACAAGCAACACGCGCGAAAUCUCGCUGAGAAGAUUAAUAGUCUACGGGUGGUAGGCGUUAUCGUAAAACCAACAAACCUAGGACCUGAAACUCCUAAACGUAAUGCCGAUCAGCCAAUUUUUAUUGGAUCGUUGAAAAAUAGAUACACUCACGAUCGGAGGAAUAUUGUUACCGAAGAAAAUGAAACGAAUAACAAUAAUCUGACUGAAAUAGAGAUCCAUACUGGGCAGAAAUCAGUUUUGAAGAAAACAAAGAGUGAUGUUGCGUAGAAUGGUGUUAUUGCCUGUAGCGAGGAUAAGAAGAAUGCUGAGACGACAACCUGUUGAAUGUCUACAUGGAAUGUUUUUGAUAAUACAAAUUGUUUUUUAUAAGUCAUUUUCAUAGAGUGUUUUUUAGUGCGAAAGGAAGGUAUGAAUGGCAUUCUAAAUGUACACUCAUAAAGAAAUAUGUCGCUACAAACAAGAAUAGAAAUAACGCAUUUUUUAUAUCCUAUUUUCACUCAUUCAUAACCAUCGUAGGCAUAGUUAGCUUCACCUCCUUAUGACAAGGCUUUUUACUUUGUAACUAAAAGUUUUCAG